GAGAGAGAGAUCGAGAUCGAAAGAAUGUAAAAUAGGCAGCUUCAAUGACGGCGUAGACAAAGGUAGCUUCAGAGUGCGUGUACGCCCUCUAUUUCAUUCGCGCUCCCUCUCUCUCACACAUCCUCUCUCUCGCUCUCUCUUUUUCACUCACUCAGUCAGUUACACGGACACACGCACACACCCUCGAGCAGAAGCAGCAGAGCAGUGUGGUUGUGAGGCAGCAUGAGAAGUGAUAUCUGUACUUCUACACAUACAACAGCUGGCUGAUGGACUAACUUAAUUACAACACACACGCACACACACACACACACACACACACACACACACACAAACACACACACACUCACACUCACACACACACACACACACACACAGCUACUGUACGCACACUCACUAGCACACCUUGAUUAUAGGCGGGCAGACACACACAAGCUAGCACACACAACCUGUUUGCGACCAGAAGUCAACAUGGGUGUCGUGAUGGGAACAUUUACCAUGCAAUCCAAGCAGGUGAACUACCUCAAAGACAAAACUGAUGAUGACUUGGAGAUAACCAUGGUGUGCCAUCGACCCGAGGGCCUCGACCAGCUAGAAGCUAUAACCAACUUCAGCAAAAGAGAGCUCCAAGUGCUCUACCGGGGCUUUAAGAAUGAGUGUCCAAGUGGCGUCGUGAAUGAGGAUACUUUCAAGCAAAUAUACUCCCAGUUCUUCCCACAGGGAGAUGCCAGCACCUACGCACACUACCUGUUCAACGCAUUUGACACAGCACAAAGCGGCUCCAUAAAGUUUGAGGACUUUGUAGCAGCUCUGUCCAUCCUGCUGAGGGGCUCCAUCACUGAGAAGCUACAGUGGACCUUCAACCUUUACGAUGUCAACAGAGAUGGAUACAUCAACAAAGAGGAGAUGACAGGCAUCGUCAGAGCGAUAUACGACAUGAUGGGGAAGUACACUUACCCUGCCUUGAAAAAUGACGCACCCAAACAGCAUGUGGAUGCCUUCUUUCAGAAAAUGGACAAAAACAGAGACGGUGUGGUCACUCUGGAUGAAUUCAUCCUCUCUUGUCAAGAGGAUGAAAACAUCAUGAGGUCUCUACAGCUCUUUGAAAAUGUCAUCUAGAACCAGACGAAAGCGCCAAACGAGAGAAGAGAAUGGAACAAGGAAGAAAGAGAAGCAGGAGAGAUGAACAUGCAAGAGAAAAGGAACAGCAUAGCUUGAGACAAAACAUGGAUCUUGUAGCUUUGUGUGGGACGGUUGCCACAAAUCUUCAUGGAAGGCAUCUUGCUGUAACAAAUCCUAAGGGACAAACAUUUUGAAAAAUGUCCUUUGGACUUAAACCCUUCAUUUGACCUUUCUGUAACAAUUUACCUCGUCUCCAUCUCCCUCGUUUGUUGCUGUCGUUAUGCUUACGCUUACAGUCGCCUCAGACUGCGUAUUUCAUGGCAUCGUGUAAAUACUGAUUCUCACACAUUUAGUCGAAUACUUCUCUGUAUAUUGAACCACAUUCUCAAGCAGGACUGGAAUUCCUAAAAGCAGCUAAGCAGUGAGAUCAACCCAAUGCAUACUUUGUGCAUUAGAGGUGUAAUUAAUAGCUGUUUUCAUCAUGAAUUUCUGUGUCAAUACAACAAAUGUGAGCAAUAUUGUGAAGCAUGCGAGACAGAGGCCUACUACAUAUUUAACAUACAUGUGCCAUGAAAAACUUGGUGGCAAUAUAUUCAGCUAAGUAGAUACAUUUGAAAAGCUAAGGUCUGGGUGUAGCAUCUCACAAAGCCACCUCAUCCGUUUCUGAAUUCAGACACAGGCCUGGAAAGGUUUGCAGAGCUGAAUUUAAGCUUGCAGUCUUAAGUCUCGUGACAGCUUGCAGCAGUCUUCUCUACACCUAUUGUGGGUGUUCCAGUGGUGUCAGUCAGUGUUUCAAUGUUGUAACGACUCAACUGUAGAUAUUUAACUGUUGUAUUGUAUCGUGGCCGUGUGGAACAGUCUUGUCUGCGUGUUUCUGAUUCUGACUAUCUGUCUGUCUAUCUGUCAAAUUGGAUAUAACUGUAAUUAUUCUAUCUGACACUCUUUGUUAAAUAAAAAGUCAAUUUAGAGGUUUACUGGCGUACAGAUGCAAAGUGA